AUCAUGUCUACAAUGACAGUAUUAACAGCACCGAUCCGUCCGUGUAUGUUUAAAGCCCGACCGGGCAGCAUUCGCACCUUCGCGACCACACGCUAUCUCCGCACAGACGCUGGCUCCGUAGCUGCGUCAUUCCUGUCGCGCUUCCAGUCCCUAGGCCCGCAAAUUCGGACACAAACCCUAGACGCAAACCAACUUCAGCUACUCACCCUCACACUUGACCGUCCAACUCUGUUCCCUGAUACGCCCUCGCUGUCCAAUGGCGCCUUGCCUCCGCAGUCCGCGACCCCCGUGCCGCCGGGUUACCAUCUGGCAUACUUCACGCCCGCAUUCAUGGAAAGCGAGCUAGGCGCAGAUGGAACGGACGCAUCGUACAAUCCAGAAACGCCCUUCACGCGACGCAUGUGGGCCGGCGGAGAGGUGCUGUGGCCCCGUGGCGCAGACGGGAAACCCAAUCCAUUGCGCGUGGGACAGCAGGUCCAAGAGACCACGCGGGUACUGAGUGCUGAGCCCAAGGUCGUGAAAAAGACAGGCGAGGACAUGAUUGUGGUUGGGGUGGAGAAGGAGUUCUCUAACGAACAUGGCGUGUCAAUCAUUGACCGACGAAACUGGGUGUUUCGAAAGGCGCUCCCUAUUCCAUCUGCAUCAACCUCCUCUAGUGCCGCUCUCCCGACGUCAACCUCGCACCUCGCAACCCCCAAUCCCACCUCAGCCGACAUCACGACCGAGGGGAACACCCAUACACGUACUCUAGUGCAGACACCUGUGACCCUGUUCCGGUUUUCUGCACUGACGUUCAAUCCCCACAAGAUUCACUAUUCGCUACCCUGGGCUAGAGACGUAGAAGGACACAGGGAUAUUGUUGUACAUGGCCCGUUGAACCUAAUUUCCAUACUAGAUCUGUGGCGUGACACCAAGCGUCAAAGUGUGACGGAUCACAGCUUGCUUGUCCCCGAGCGCAUCUCGUAUCGAGCGACAAGCCCGUUGUAUGCUGGCGACGAAUAUCGCAUCGUGCUUGAAGAAGGCCAGGAAACCAAGGUGCAGAUUAUAGGGCCUGGAGGGGUAGCUAUGAAGGCUGAGAUUCAAUAG